AUGCUGCGGGAGAAUGAGGAGUUGAAGGCCAUGCGACGACCCAUCCUGGGCAACUUCAAAGCACCACACCGUGACGGUACUGUGGUGGUGGGUUUUGACCCCAUCACGCACUUGCCAACUUGGGACCAUGCUCCACCUGACCUGGAUCCAAGAGUCCAUCAAGUCCACACCUACAAGAGAUGUGGCAUGAGCCCCGGGCAGUCAAGGAUGGUAUAUCUGAAAGGUGUGUGCACCCAUUUCUUGGCAGGCACGUGUCGGGGAACUUGGAUGGGAAUGCCCUGUGCAUUCCACCACCUUCCACGUUUGCAGCUUGACAAAGUGGUGCGCCUCCUCGAUGAAGCCCAUCAACUCGCCUCGAUGCAAAACAAUGAGCUGCUUUGA